CAAUCCCAUUUCACUCUUCCGAAAUCCAAACUUCGAUCUAUUUCUCCUUUUAAUUUUCAAUUUCUCAGAUCAAAUCGAGAUGUCGAGGAACUGCAAUCUUGAACUCAGCCUCUUUCCCACCUUCUAUCAAGACCACCGCCAUCAAGAACGACGACAACAGCAGCAAAAGCUAACGAUAUUCUACAAUGGAAGCGUUUCUGUUUGGGAUGCGACAGAGCUGCAGGCGAGAGCCAUUCUGAUGUUGGCUACCCAAGACAUGGAAGAUAAAAUGAGAAUAACUUCAACUGGGCCUUCUUCUUCUUCUUCGUCUUCGUUGUCAUCGGAACAACCUGUAUCGCCAACUUUGGAACGUCCUCCUCCGCCUGCUUAUGGCCCUAAUAAUAAUGGUUUGUCGAUGAAGAGAUCACUUCAAAGGUUCUUUCAGAAGAGAAAUCAUAGGAUCCAAGCAUCUUACCCUUACAACAUUAACCGGCGGCCGCAUGCAUACAGGGUCGAUCACCAUUGAUAAGGGAUUUCAUUUUUAUUCUUUCUUUCUUUCUUUCU